AUGGUAUUAGGCGUUUUAGAGGCAUUGGUAUACACCUAUUUCCCAACACAGUAUACCGUGCACAUUGCUAUUGGCAUUGUCAGCAUACUCGCCCUCAGGGUUUUCUCGCAGGGCCGACGAACGACUCGAGAACGAGAUCUACACAACAGAACCAUCUUAUUGACGGGAGGUUUCACGCCGCUGGGACUAACACUUAUUCAAUCAUUGGCUCAACGAGGCGCACAUAUAAUCGCACUUUCUCCAGAUCCUAUAGAUUCUGAAAAUAUCACUAUUUUGGUUGAUCUCUUACGGACUACUACCUCUAACGAAGAGAUAUACGCGGACGAAUGCGACCUAACAUCCCCCGCCUCCAUAAGGGCAUUUUGUACCAAGUUCCUGACCGAAAAGGAGCAGAGACUAGACGCAAUCAUAUUUGCUCAUGAACACAAACAUAUUGGGGUACCCAGCAUUUUCUCCCGAAGUUCGAAGGAGCAGGAUCAGAAAGCGAGGGACGCCAACUCUCUGGCUACGUUCUUGAUCACCACCCUGCUACUUCCAGCUCUCCUGGUAGCUCCUCCGGAACGAGAUAUACGAAUAAUCAAUGUUGUAAACCCCUUUUAUGCCGCAGCUGCAGGACUCCCCUUUUCUCCAUCAUUUGUUAUCCCAGGAUCUGAGGAACCGUCGACUUCCAAGUCCAUAUUUCUUGAAGAGGGGCGAAGGUCGCUGCGAUCUGUUGUCUUCACUAGACAUCUUCAGCGGAUUCUCGAUGCCCUUCCGACAGCGGCCCAAGUACCCAAAACAGAAGAAGGCAGUACAUCUGUGCCUGUUGUCAGCCCUAAAAUCCAGAAAUCAAAUAUUGUUGCUAUUUCAGCAUCUCCAGGGAUUGGCAGAGUCGAUACAGUUUCAAACUUCCUUAACGCCGAUCUUCUUUCACCGACGGGUUCUUACUUUGGGCUGUUCCUAUAUCUUGUAUUGCAACCUAUACUCCGAAUUGUUACCAAAUCGCCUACAUUAGCUAUGCAAAGCAUUCUACACGUACUAUUCCUGCCAACGCCGUUCAAGAUCCUCUCUGUCGCUGCAAAUACUGCAAAUUCCAAAGUUGCUACUCAAGGGCCCCUGGAUACCUCUUUGCCUGAAGAAGUCCUUCUUCCUGGUGCUCUGUAUGCCAAUUGUGCAGCGGUGAAGCUCAACGUCAAAGUACCCGAAGAAUUAGUAGAAAGGGAUCGAGAGGCCAAGGCUGGAGAAAAAAGAAAAACAGGAAAAGGGAAAAGCAAAGCCACUGAAGAAAUCCUAGAUAUUGCUGAUGAUGGAGAGUACGGAGGAGAGCUGGCUGGUCGUUUGGUUUGGGAAGAAUAUGAGGGCGCCCUUAAAGUCUGGGAAAGUCAAAAUCCAGGAGAUGUUGAAAAAGAAAAAAAGAAAUAUGCUUCGAGCACGGCAAAGGCACCACCCAAAGUCUCCCCGAUGACGGAUGCGGCAGAAGAUCCAAACGUAUAUUAA